UAUCGUAGUCAACAAAUGAACCAGUCGAAUAAGCCCAAUCCCCAGUAGUAACUCCUGAGGGCGCACUCCACCGUGUAUGUCAUUGGAAUUCCUUGUCGAUGUAGGCCUAACCUAGGCCUAGAGAGGUUUUUAUGAUGUCUUUAGAUCAGCACAAGGUGUACCAUGAGAAGCAGCGAUGGGAAAUGUGUGCACUGCAUGCUCUGAAUAACAUCUUUCAAGAUGGAAAGGCAUUCAAUAAACAAAAACUAGAUGAGAUCUGUCAAAGAUUGGCUCCAAGUACUCGCCCAAAUCCUCACAAAAGCAUGUUGGGGCUGGGGAAUUAUGACGUUAAUGUAAUAAUGGCUGCGUUGCAACUGAAAGAAUGUGAAGCUGUGUGGUGGGACAAGAGAAGAAAUCCCAGUGAAUUAAAUUUGCCGAACAUCAUUGGCUUCAUAGUGAACACAACAUCACCAAUCCAAUUCGGAUACGUUGACUUACCUUUCAAACGCAAGCACUGGAUAGCACUUCGCCAAGUUGACAACACUUACUACAACCUAGAUUCAAAGCUAUCAAAACCAGUUGUGAUAGGCUCCCCAGAAGAGCUCCUAGAUUACUUAAAGAACGGAAUGAACUUAAAAAGUUGGGAACUCCUUCUUGUGGUCUCGCAACAAGUUUCUGAGACGAGGACUUGGUUGAAAUCAAGUGAUCAGUUAUAGGAUUACUGUUAAGACGGGCACUCCCUGCGGCCAAUGUUUGUUCGCCGAUACGAUUAUAUGGACGCAACGCCACAAUGCGCAUACUACGGAUCUUUUUUAAUGACGAUCCCAUCAGACUGUCUUUCUAAAAUCAGCAGAUGGUGUCACGUCAUCUAGUGCUCAACGGGAGCAGAGUUAGAAUCGUCGAACAAUCGUCGCAUGACCGUCCUAUGGCACAGUGCGUGUCUGGCUUUACGCAUCGAUUUUCGUAUGCGCUGGGAGUUUUCGUCAGAGCUUGGAGUUUACUUGAGAACUUUGUAUUCUGUUUUCAUGGAAAUUAUUUAUUUUUGUUAUUGAUAGGAUGCGCGUAUAAACGCGUAUUAUAUUUAUCAAAAUGUAUAUGGGAUACUUAAUCAUGAAAAGUAAAGUGGCGGAUACUAUUGUAGGGGCAGCAAAACAAGCACUCACCCUCCCAAACAGCAAACAGAAGUUCUUGAAAUGGACAAAGCUCUAAAGUUUUCAUGGGGCACAGCUUCUUGACUGCCCAAAAUAGGAAGGGAAUAGCCAACUUUCCCCCAUCUGACCCUAGGUCCCACCCAUAUCGGGUCAUAGGCUCAUGAUUGCUGUUCAUGCCCUGGCAAACACUGAAGUCUGCUUGCUUUAGGACUGUUUUUUUUAACUUGAUCGGGGAUUUUUUUAGGAUCAAUAUUAUUUCUGUAUUUCAACUACUUAAUCAUCGUGGUAGAAUUUUAUUGAUACUGUAUACUGUAAAUUGUAUACUGCUGUUGGAUAUAUUCUUUGAAUUGUAGUCAAUUUUAUUGGUCAAUUCCACUUGGACCAUGGUACAAUAUUUUCGCUACGACUUCCCUGCGCGUGCAUAUGCAGGGAAAAAAUACUACCAAAGUUAGUAUCGCAGGCCUAGCUACAUUACAUGAAUUGUAUGCAAACUGUAAUUUUACCUGCUCAGAUCAAAAUGGCUAAUGUAGAUGCCAUUACAAUACCAGCCUACUAUUACUAAUUGUUAAACUGAGUAAUUAGUAUUAGAAUAUGGCAGUAUUUUGUACAGAGAAGCCGUAAUACUUUUACUCAUAACUUUGGCAGUAGUAAGUCAAUUCCAGUAAAAUGAUUAACUCAUCAUUUUACAGUGAUGUGAAGAAUAUAAGUAUAUUAAAAAUUCAUUUUUUGGUCACAAUGCUGGUUUUUGGGAUGACAAUGAGAACAAUAUAAGAUAUGACAACAGCACUUUAAAAUAUAUGACAACCAACUAUAAAAUUUAUUAGUUUUAGCUUUCAUCCACACAGUUUAUGAUUAUAGUAGUCUUUAAAGUACUGUUGUUCUUAUAUUAUACAAAAUAUUGAUUGACAGGGCAAAAGUACUAUACAGUACUAGAAUUAUUGAACUAUCUUUCAAACCUGCCUCAUAGGAGUGAUGGUUGAAGUUAUUACACGCUUUUUAACCAAUCAGAUGCCUAGAAUAACUAUUAAUUAGGUACUGUAAUAUCAUUGGUCAAUUCACCCUGGUAAGGGAUGCGGUAGUUAUUACUACUUUCAUGCACAUGCCAAGUUUAUACAUGCGUGGGAAAAAAAAUUACUACCCAAAAUCGACUACUGCACACCUGCCUACCUGAACUGCGUAAUUUUACCUGCACAGAUCAACAUGGCUGAUGUAGAGGAACGGUUUGUUGUUUAAUAUUUAUGAGGUACAGUAAAAAAUACAACAUGCUUGUAAGCAGUGAAUACCACUUCCCUCAGUGGAAAUAUAAUACAGUUACUACAGUUACAAAUUCAAAAUUAUAAACAAAAAAUAUUUUGUUAUAUUUUUUAUUUUCUCUUGGGGGAUGAUCGCCCCUUCGCCACCCUUCAAUCUACCGCAAAAUUUAACUUUAAAAAAAAAUGUACUAACAAACUUUUACAGACAUGCAUGUUUUAACAUUUUAUUAAAAUGGGCAGUAAAAUCACUGAUAACUUUAACAAAUACUUGCAUAUUAGUAACAAAGCAAGAAAUGUGUUAAAAAAUUAAUCACAAGCAACUCUAUAUUUUAUAUAUAUUUGACCUCAUUGUUGUUGAUGUCGGUAUUGCAAGGGAUUUUGCUACAUCGGAGGAAAAUAAAGACUUAACAUUGUUACAGAAAACAA